AUGAAAAUUCCCAGAACAUCAGGUUCGAGUGCCUCUAGCUCCAGCGGCCGAGGCCGCGGUUGGGGCCGAGUUCGAACAGCUCGGGGACGACAUGCUUUCACACAUAGGAAUACCCGAAAUUCAUCUCCUCAAUCUGGCUCCUCAGUACGCUCGAGUCCCAAUGCUUGCAAUCUCGCUCGUCAAUACUCAGCUACACCCGAACCACCCAUUUCCCAUGAAGAACAAAAUCCUCGAAGUAGCAGCGAGCCUGUCCAGCAUGAAGUUGUCAUGGCCAUGGACAUUAAAGACGAUUUCACGAUCGGGUGCGCAUAUUUUUCCACUACAGAUGGAAUCCUUCAAGUUUCAGAAGAUAUUUCGGCAGCUUCCUUGGACAUUGCUGAACAGUUCCUCAUCCAUGCUCAGCCGAAUAGUCUUCUUGUGUCGGCAAGAGCACCUUCUUCCGAAUUCUCGAUUGAAACGGCCCACGAGCGGCUUGUGGGUGUGAACUCUCAAGCCCUAUCGACUACCGGAAUCGUAUUCUCAACUGGCAUGGAAGAUGAUGCCGACGAAGAACCAAUACCGGGACAUCCGCUGCCCGAAUCGUGUGCGUUCCGAUCACUUCAAUAUGGAGGGUGUAUAAACAUGAACAGUCCUGUCUCGUUAGGAUGUGCUGGCGCCUUGCUGGGUGACAUUCUUCAUCGAAGGCCUGCUGGCUUUCUACCUGACGGGCAGGUAGCUGGUGUUCUAUUCCGUGUUACUGACAUCCACAUGUUCUCACUCUCGUCUUAUAUGUAUAUCAGCAAUGAUACUCUUUUGUCAUUACAAAUUCUCCAAACUGAAAUGCACCCCAACAGUCAAGCAUUAGGAUCAAAUACAAAUCAAAGCAAUUCAAAAGAGAGUCUUUCGGUCUAUGGCCUCUUUCAAAAUCUGGCUUCUACACCACAGGGCCGUACACAAUUGCGUCGAAUAUUUCUCCGACCCCUGUUAAACAUCAAUGUCAUUUCAGAGAGGCAAAGGUCCAUUGCAGCAUUACUGCAACCUGAAAAUGCUGAUAAACUGCCACAGCUAGCCUUGACUCUCCGCAAGAUCCGGAACUUACACGCUACAUUCGCGCAGCUCCGCAAAGGUAUCGAGUUCCCUUUUGCUAGGCAGUCUUUCGAUAAGGGAGUAUGGGGAACUAUUCACAAAUUUACUACUCACGCCCUGACACUCCGAGAACUAAUAGCAUUACUCAACGGUGGUUCUGAUGUAGUUCUGUUCAAACAAGUAAUUGAGGAUAUCCAUCUGCCUAGCCUGGUGGCUGUUAAAGAAAUGAUCGAUAAAACAAUCGACUUUGAACAAUCCAAGGCACGUCAUCGAUCCUCAGUAAAGGUUGGGAUCGACCACAAACUAGACGAACUUAAAAGACAAUACGACGGCAUGGACAGUUUCUUGACAGAAGUUAUCAACCACGUGCACCGCGAACUACCGGACUGGGCGCGCAAGUAUGUACAAUCAUGCAUUUUCUUACCUCAAAUCGGUUUCCUCACAGUAGUGGAAUCAAACCCUGCCACGGGGAAUGGGCGUUAUGAGGGAGAAGGUACUACUCUUGAAGCAUGGGAGAAACUGUUUAAUACAGACAGUGCAGUAUGCUACAAGAACAGCUACAUGCGAGAGCUGGAUGAAGAAUAUGGAGACAUGUACUGUCAAAUCGGAGAUCGAGAAGUGGAAAUCAUCCAUGGACUCGUCAGCAAAGUGUUGAAGUAUGAAGAGCUUUUGCUUUCAGCAUCAGACAUGUGCGGCGAGUUCGAUGCAAUACUUGCGCUUGCUCUUGGUGCUGAAAAGUACAAUUUUCGGGGACCGCAGAUUGUGGAAGAAAGUAUAAUUCACAUCGAAGAAGGUCGUCACCCUUUGCAGGAGCUUGUUGUGCCGGCUUUCGUCCCAAACUCCUGCCACCUCGUUGCAGGGUCGCAAAGCGCAUCAGAAGUGCAAGGUGACUCGCCCCAGGCUGUAGUUCUCACAGGCCCAAACCACUCGGGAAAGAGCGUGUAUUUGAAACAAACGGCUAUUAUCGUUUACCUUGCCCACAUCGGCAGUUUUGUACCGGCCACUCAGGCCAUUAUUGGGCUUACCGAGAGUAUCCUUACCUGCAUUUCACCUCGAGAAAGUAUGUCUGGGGGCGAAAGUGCGUUUGCCAGGGACAUGAAACAAGCCGCUUUGUCGAUGAAGACUUCUUCACCAAGAAGUCUCGUCCUCGUAGAUGAAUUCGGGAAAGGAACGAACGGGGACGACGGUGCUGCAUUACUGGCUGCACUGCUGGACCAUUACCUAUCACUCGGGCCCAACUGCCCUCGUCUUCUGGCUGCCACACACUUCCACGAAGUAUUCGAGAACAACUAUCUUGAGCACCAUAGCAGCUUCAGAAUUGCGCAUAUGAAUGUCAGACUGGAACGGGAGGCAUCAUUUGUGGAUGACCAAGUCACUUACCUGUUCAACCUCGAGUAUGGCCACAAUGCUUCCAGCUAUGGAGGUAGGUGUGCAGCUCUGAAUGGCGUGCCAGGUCCAGUUGUCGACCGUGCUGAGAACGUUUCCCAGCUGCUUGCCCAUAACGAAGACUUGGGUGCGGUUUGUGCUCGUCUAUCUCCAACAGAUGAGGAUAUCCUAGAGAAAGCAGAGUUGACGGCGCGGAUUUUUCUAGGGCAAUCAUUCAAACGUGAGAGUGAAGUUGAAUCGGGCGAGACUGGAGAAAACACUAGAGGUUCUGCCAGGGAUAUACUGGAAGCUAUGCUUUCACCAAACAUUUGA